CCCAACAAUGUGACCCAAAUACUGUCUGAAGAUUUGCUGCCUAGCUACCCCAGCUCUCAAAUAUGGUCCUAACCUUGCUGUGUGGUAGCCAGGAUGCACCCCACUUAGGCCAAUGCUUGGUAGCUGUGCUGCGACGGUAGGUGUGGCCUCUGCACAGCCUCCCUGCCUGCUAGGGGGUGGGGAUGGCGCCUGCAACCUAAUCUAUCUCGCCCCCACCACUGCCGCCCACUGCAGACACGUUGCCAUGAGGACUCCAGAGGCAAGUGGGUGGGGUGUACGCCACUAAUGACGUUGGGGGUGGGGCGUGCCACAGCACCUAUUGGUGGCCAAGGCUAGCCCCCUCCCACUCCCAGGAAGCCUGCUAGGGCUCUUUGUGUUGUUAAGGCAAGAGACAGUUGGUCACAGAGCAGGUGCUGUCAAAAGGAACCUCCUGACACAGGAGCCUGGCCCUUCAUCCAGUUUGGGAUCUCUGAUGUCGAGACUGGACUACAGAAAGUAUCUAGGAUAGUGCUGGGUUCUCAACAUGUCCAGUGCCCAACAAAAUAAGGUGGGUCUCGCCCUGGAGAACUGAGAGCAUCUAUGGACCCAACAUUCCACUGAGGACGGAGUGAAGAUGCAGACCUUCCCCAAAGGAAGUAGCAGUGCCAGCCCGCACUGGCCUGGCUGGACACGAGAUUGUGGCUCCACUCCAGACUGGAGCCGGCCAUCUGGUCCUAAGUACCUGCCGAGGUUUUGAUGUCUCCAGUGCCAAAGAUGACAGUGCCUGAGGAGAGGCCAACGGGGCAGGAAGUCGCCCAUCUGCUUCUACCUGGGCCCAACCACAGACAUGCAUUCUGGGAAAUGCCCACCACCCCCAAACCCAGUCUCUGCAGCCAGGUCAAGACUUGGGGCUUUUCCAGAGCCCUUCCUGGAGUUCUGCUACUCUGGACAAGUGUUGUUGAGGUGGAGGAGCGGGCGGGACCAGCAGAUUUAUAUUGGUGUACGGGCCCCCUGUUCAGAAUCUGAAACUUGUUCUUUGGGGAUGCUGUAAGGACUAGUCACCCUGCAUAGCGCACAACCCCACAUCAGCUAGAAAGGCCACCACUCCCGUCCCCAGCCCCAGUGCACAGCUCCCAUCUAGUACGGCCCCUUUAAGUACCAACAACCUGGCUGCCAUUAGGGGCAGCACUGAGCAGUAAGGCCAGAAUCAGUGCUGCUGCCUCGAAGCUUCUGCCGGUGCUGGGGACAGAGCGGUGCCAGGGACACACCAGAGCUGGCCUGAGGUUGCGCAGCCCACCUGGGCUCUGCUGGCCGAAUAAUACCCAGGUACUUCUGACAUUGACAUGGAGCCAACACCCACAGCCUCCGCCAAGGCCUGCAGCCAAGGCUGCUCCAUCCCCUGCACGCCAGGGCAAAAGCCCCAAAAGGCCGAGUGACUGAAGCCGCCAGCCUGGGGACGUCUUUUAAGAUGACCCGCACGGAUCCUCCGGAUUUGCUAGUGUCGACCGUGUACCAGGACAUCAAAGUGGCGGCCCCAGGGCCCGCAUCCAGACGCCAGCCAUGUGAACAAUCGGUGGCCCGACCAGCUGCGCCCGCGCCUUUCAACAAGCGCCACUGCCGCAGCUUCGACUUCUUGGAAGCCUUGGACGGGCCCGCCAUGGAGAGCCUCCCAGAGCCAUCACUCCCGGAGCCCGCCCCACCACGUGCCCGGACCCGCGACGGUGAGCCGCGGCGCCGCGCCCGCUCCAAGAGCGCGCCUCGUGUGCCCCAGGGUCUGGCGCCUGCGCCGGGCUCACCGCCGGUGCUGCCCCGCCGAGGCCGGGAGACCCAGCGUGCGUCGCGGACCGAGGGUUCGCCGCGCCGGGAGCCCUCGUACCCCGCGCUGCGCGCUCUCGCCAACGAGCUACACCCCAUCAAGCUGCAGCCACAGCGGGGCGGCCCUGGCCGCAUCGCACCACUGUGCGCCGCCCCAGGCCGCUGCGCGCCGCCGGAGCCACCCGCAGGACCCGCCCCCCACGUCCGCUGCCGUCUGGACAUCAAGCCUGAUGACGCAGUGCUGCAGCACGCAGCACGGGGAUCACGGCCCUGUGCGACCGCCGAGGCUGCUCCUUGGGCCCGUGCCACCCAGCAGUUCCACGGCCGCACAGUUCCGGGGCCUCGCCAUGUGUCGAUGUCACGUACUCCCACUCCCAGUGACUUGUACUGCACAGACCCCAGGGCACUGUACUGCGAUGGCCCCUUACCUGGACCCAGGGACUACGCAGAUCUCCGCAAUCAGCCCUUCACAACGCCUCCUGGCCCCACCCAAUUCUUCUACACCGAGGAAUCAGAAGGCUACACAGGUGGCUUUACUGCCAGCCCGGGCCCUCCCUUCGAUGGCUACUGCUCUAGGCCCUACUUGUCCCAAGAACCUUCGGGGCCCAGUCCAAGACGUGGAGGAGGCUACUAUGCAGGAGAAGUACGCACCUUCCCAAUCCAAGAGCCACCCUCCCGCUCCUAUUACAGGGAGGACCCCCGAGCUUACGGCCUGCCCUACGUUCCCCAGUAUGUCCCCGAAGAGCCCCGGACCCACUCUGGCGCCCGCCCUUUCUACACAGAGGACUUUGGGAGGUACCGUGAGCGCGACGCGAUGGCUCGGACUUACCCAUACCCUCGCAGCAGCCAAGCCUGGGCGGACUGGGGUCCUCGGCCUUACCGCACCCUGCAGGUGGUCCCUCCUCCCGCCCCUGGUCCAUUACUGGCCUCUUGGCAUGGUGGUACUGGCACCAGCCCACCUAGGCUGGUCACCGACAGCCGCCACUACUCUCGAUCCUGGGACAACAUCCUGGCGCCUGGUCCGCGCCGAGAGGACCCGCUAGGACGCGGCCGCAGCUACGAGAACCUGCUGGGGCGCGAGGUGCGGGAGACCCGCGGGUCAUCCCCGGAAGGCCGGCGCCCACCUGUAGUAGUGAACCUGUCAACCUCGCCCAGACGCUAUGCAGCACUGUCGCUGUCCGAGACGUCGCUGACGGAGAAGGGACGCGCAGGGGACGGCCUAGGCCGCAAUUGGUAUGUCACGCCCGAAAUCACCAUCACCGACAACGACCUGCGCGCCGCGGAGCGCCCUACCCCCAGGAGCUGGGAGUUGCCCGGGAGCCGCCCUAGACAGCCUGCACCCGCGGCCCCCGAGGGCCCUGCCGCCAGCCGCCAGCGCAGCCUCGAGCAGCUGGAUGAGCUCAUCACCGACCUGGUCAUCGACUCACGGCCACCUGCCGGCCAAACCCCUGAGCCUGCGGCUGAGGGCCUAGGCCGCCAGUUGCGCCGCCUGCUGGACUCCCGGCCUACCGGCCCAGGAGCACCAACGCUGGCGCCGCCGCGCUCGCCCCCUGCCUCUGCGGGAAGCACCGGGGAGCCCGCGGGCUCGGGAGAAGCAGCCGAUGGUUCUCCGGAACCUAGCGCCGAUGAGGACGACUUGAUGACCUGCUCCAACGCGCGAUGCCGGCGCACAGAGACCAUGUUCAACGCCUGCCUCUACUUCAAGUCGUGCCACAGCUGCUACACCUACUACUGUUCGCGCCUGUGCCGCCGCGAGGAUUGGGACGCGCACAAGGCGCGCUGCGUCUACGGCCGCGUGGGCAGCGUGUGCCGCCACGUGCUCCAGUUCUGCCGCGACAGUGGUCCGGUGCACCGCGCUUUCUCGCGCAUUGCGCGCGUCGGUUUCCUGUCACGUGGCCGCGGCGUGCUAUUCCUGGGUUUCCCGAGCCCGGGCUCUGCCGACAACUUCCUACGCUUUGGCCUGGAAGGGCUGCUGCUGUCGCCCACCUACCUGUCGCUGCGCGAGUUGGCUACCCAUGCCGCGCCCCUGGGUAGUUAUGCACGAGAGUUGGCGGCCGCUGGUCGUCUCUACGAACCCGCCGAGUGCUUCCUACUUAGCGUGUCCGUUGCCGUGGGCCCAGGCGCUGCACCCCCUGGAGUCGCCUCCCGGCCAGCGCCAGCACCGCGCAGCCCUGGGCCCACAGUGCGCAAGUUCGCUAAGGUGGCCUUGGCGGCUGGCAGCCCGGCCCGGCCGCCCCCUACGCGAGGCCACGAUCCAGACAUGGAGACACUGAUCCUGACGCCGCCGCCCGGCACUGCAGGCCUAGACCAGGAGGGUGAGGCGGGCCGGCGUGCUCGCGAGGUGGCCUUCAUCCACAUUCAGCGUGAGCUGCGACUACGCGGUGUCUUUCUCCGCCACGAGUUCCCACGAGUCUAUGAACAACUCUGUGAGUUUGUUGAAGCCAACCGACGCUUCACACCUACUACCAUCUAUCCUACGGACCGUCGCACUGGCCGCCCCUUCAUGUGCAUGAUCAUGGCUGCUUCUGAGCCCCGUGCGCUCGACUGGGUUGCCAGCGCCAACCUGCUGGACGACAUCAUGUGAGCUGCGAGGCCAUCAGGCCCAGGCACUGACUGGAUCCCUGCCUAACCCCCUCAGGCUCCACUGGAUCCACCAGAGUCUUCCCCUAGUCUCACCCUGCUGGCUUGGGGGCCCACCUGUUCCCUUGAGGCCUGGACCAAGUCACCUACAAAUUCUCUGCUCCAAGACCCGCCCACCUCACACCUCUAGCUUCAUUCAGGGUCCCGCCCUUCUCCUUGCAUCACACUGUUUUCCACAAACCACUUCUUUUCUCCUCCCUGCUGGAAAGCCCAGUUCCCACUUCCUGGGCUCUCCCCAAGUCAGCCUUGGGGUGGGGCUCCCCAAGAGGCUGGUCCUCGCCCUCGGUGCUCCCCGCUGGGAGGCGGGGUGGGCCUGAGGACCGCUGGGCUUUACAACUACACAGACCUCACCCUUGCAAACUCAGUCACUGUCCGUCGUAGGGCUCUCCUGGAGUCUCCUCAAACCCUAGAUUCAACACACACACACACACACACACACACACACACACACAGUCUGUGUUGACCAAAGCCUAGUGUCACUUUAAACACGCCCUUGACCCACCUGCGGUAUCUAGGGUGUGUCUGGCUCAGAGGCCUAGGUUCACCCGUAUUCCCCUAUCCUGGCAAGGUGGUGGGCAGAGUACCAUUCAAGCUGCACACUCACAGUGCUGUUUGUCUUUAAGUCCCCUCACCUCAGGCUGCCUUGAUCUGAGUCUUUGUCAUACUGGAUGUGUCCAGUGUUCAGGGCAAGACGCAAGCCACCCAGCCAGAGGGGGAAGCAGUGUAUGGGUGGGGUUACAGGCCAGAGCUGAGAGCUUGCUGGGUGAGGAUCCUAGCGCCAGCCCACAUUCAACAACAUGGUCCUAGGCAGAAGCCAGGGCAGAGCUGGAAAAGAUGGAAACUCAGGCCCCAAGGUGCACAGGGAAGUCAGCUGCCAGACGUGUGUGCUUUGGAGAGGAUGAGCCAGCAGGAGGCCCUCAGGGAGCAGCUCCUUCCUACCCGCUGACAGAAGGACCACCGAACUAGGGGUGUUUAGUUGGGAGCUGGUCUGAGUACAGAGCAGUGGGUGGAAUCAGGUGUUAGAGAGGGCUAGCUGGCCAGGACCAAAGUCCACCCGAGGAGUGGUGCGACCUGUCCUAGAGGCAGACUUUGCACAAAAGUCCUGCGCACUCGCCUGGACUGCAUCCCAAGUAGCAGGCUCGAGUAGCGCAAGCUUGACGUGCUGUAGAGAGCAGCACAGGCAGCCCCUGGCCUCGGGCCCGGCCCCGUCCUCUCCCGGAGCUCCAUGGAAGAAUGUGAGGCCAAGCAAUGUGCAGAAGUGUUUCGGGAGCCCCCAUCCCAUUUAGAGCCAUGUGAGGGAGCAUCAAAUGCAAGAACCUAGGAACCCCGCCUCUGCUCCCAGCUCUUGCUGGGACACUCCUGAGCACCCGCCUUGGCCCGCGACUUUGCACCUGCCGCGGUGCAGUGCUUGCCGCACUCGCUGCCUCUCUCUCUCUUUCUCUCUCUCUCUCUCUCUCCUUUCUCGGGCCUCUACGUUCGUUCGUACGGCAAGCUGUCAGGAACGAUCCUGGGCCAAUCACUUCCACAGAGCGAGUGCUUUCGAACCAAGUAAAACAGAACUUGA